AGAGCCCUCGUGACGAUUAGCCGAACAAGCUUUACAAGAGGCCAUCAGAUGGUCCGGCCAUGCUUUUCUUUCUGCACCUCCUCAUGCUGCUGCUUUCGAACGCUGUUUUAUCCCAACAGCAGGAGUGCAAUGGAACGUUUAAAAGACCCGCAAGACCGGAGGACCAUCCGGCGUUUAGCGAUCUCGGGCGCGACCAGUUUCAGUCGAUCACUAAUUGUCCAGCUGAUAUCGACUGCUGCGAGGAUGGAACUUUUUCUUGCUACAACUAUACUUACCUAACGUGCUCGUGCCGUGAGGACUGCGAAGAGUUCGGAGACUGUUGCUGGAACUGUGACAACAAAUCGGUGGACGUGGACCUGGCUUCUCUGAACACCUCGAAAUGGGCCUGUACUAGCUUGGCCCUCGAAGGCGGCGUCACAAAGAACGUGUUUCUGGUUUCGCGGUGCAACUCUUUGUGGCCCGUACAAGACGACGUCCGCGACCGUUGCGAAGAUGCGGAUUUCAACCCCGGCGACAUGUUCUUUAAAAUCCCGGUAACGAGCCGUCGAUCAAAGGUGACGCACCGCAAUGCAUUUUGCGCGUUCUGCAACUACGACCUGGACGAAGUCAUUUUCUGGGAAGUGGCAGUCGUAGGCAGCAAGAAACAGCAAAGGCUGCGGCCUCCUCCGUUCAUAUCGACAAACUUCGACAGAUACAUGCGCCAGUGCAGUCGACUCCCUCUCAUCGGAGACUGCCCUGUGGAGACCAACUCUACGGUGACGCGUUCCUGUUGGGCCUUCUACGCGCCCGUUAUCGACGAAGCGUCCGGCUCAACCUACUACAAAAACGCGUACUGCGCUCGCUGCCACGGAGCCAAUCUGACGGCGACGUCAUGCCUACCGGCUGAAAAGACAACCACGACGCUGCGCGUGGAAGUGAAGAUUACGAUCAGCCUCCCGGACCUCGACCUUUCCUCCAUAUUCCGAACGGUCGACAGAAACAGCACUUGCUUCUCUUCAUACAACGGAGUGUGUUACAUUGAACAAGUGACCUACCGGUACGCGAAUGCUUCGACACCAAAUCCGAACACGGCCAUCUUAAUUCGCGGCUACCUGACCAUCGUCUGCAUAUCGGUCUCGCUACUCUGUCUGGUUCUCAAGCUAGUGGUUUACCUCAUGUCUAAGGAAUAUCGUACCUUCUCGUCUCGCUGCACCCUGUGCUUAUCUAUGACGCUGUUCUUCACUCAACUGUUCUUCCUCGUCUUCAACGUGACAAACUUCGGCCGCGACGUGUGCGUCGCGUCCUCUGUGGUCGUACACUUUGGCUUCUUGUCGACCGCCUUCUGGACUACCGUGUUGUCGUACGACAUCUGGAAGACGCUGAUUCUCGUCCGCCGACCCAAGGGCAACUGGAAGAGCCUCGUCCGGUACGCCUUCGCUGGAUGGGGUUCGCCUCUACUGGUUGUCGGCGUGGCUUCCAUAUUAAACUGGACAAAGGGCGACUCACCACUCGCACCCUCAUACGGAAUGUCUCGCUGCUUUAUAAAUAAGAAAUGGAGCCACGUCGCAUUUUUUCUGGCCCCUAUGUUAGCGCUUCUAUUCGUCGAUAUCGGAUUUUACCUGCACACAGUCUUCACCAUCCGAAGGACGGAGUCGCAGUCUCAGAAGUUCGACUUCAAGGCGAACGAGAAGCCUUCGCGGAUCUUGCUGUUCGUGAAGCUGGCAUCCAUCAUGGGCGUCUCCUGGCUCCUGGGCCUAAUCAGCGGGCUCGUCAACUCGCUCCUCAUGGACUGCGUCAGCAUCGUCUUCAUAGGGCUACAAGGUGUGUUUCUUUUCUUCGGCUUCAGAGACCACAGGCACGUCUCCCAAAUGGUGUCUUCCUCCUCGUCUCUUGUCAGCGGACUGUUGAGUUAUUCUCGAUCGCGAUCCUCGACCACAGCGACGACAGAUCUCGCCUUGGGCAUCCAAAUACCCACCAUCCAUGGAAGUAGUCACGACCGCCGGACGUCGGAUGACGUGGCCUCCGCUUGAUUCUACCUGCACACAAGUGACGAACGUUCGUGUCAUGUCGUCAACCGUCUUGCUUGCCAAAAUAUGUCGCGUCUUGGAGUAGAUGGGAUGCGCUGCAGGGGACGUCUUGUCAAAGCAGGCCCUCCAGAGUCUGAAUGCUGUACACGAUACACGUGCUCGUUGUUCUGUUACAUGUUUCGCGCACCAGACCGUGUAAACGUAGGGUCACUGCUUCUGGCGUUAGAAUACACUUUGUAGACGGCAUAUAGGCCGACGGUUGCUCCUUGUCGUCUUUCUAAAGGAACCCUCACCGUAAAUCACACGCGUUAGACAAAGAAAACUCAGUGGAGCGGUUCAUCGUUUGACGCCGCUCUUGGU